AUGACCGAGUCACGAUAUACAAGACCACCUCCACCACAUAGACACGCAGGUCCUAGUGCACCAUGGCCAUGGAUAGAUAUACAUGACGAGGUAGACGCGAAUCAACUCGAAUCACCUUUACCUCCAAUUCCCCCGCUUUGCGAUCACAACGACUGUGGCGGUUGUUGGAAAGGUUAUCCUCAAUCCAGAUUCCCAAAUUGGACUCCUGGUCAAGUCCUGCGCAGCGGGAUUGCUGAUGCAGUACGCGACUAUGAUGCCACAGAUCCAUGUAUUAUUCAUUAUGUGAACGUCGACACCGGAGGCUUCUUCACCGACGCAGAGAAGCAUUUCGUACGAGAAGGGGAUGUAGAUGUGUUCUGGAAUGAGAUAGCUCAUGAAACCAGACCUAGCAAUCUUCGUGUACGCGCCCUUUUCAUCCAGAAUCUUUCUGGACCGGUUCUACAAAUGCUGGGAGCCAAAUACAACAUAGAACCAUUUUUCUUUUCGUCAUCACUUUCCUCAAUCCCAUCUCGUUUUCAGGAAGAAGUUAGGCCCGGGAAAGGAGAUCACAUUACUAUUACGUUGUCGUUCAUUCGGACGGUACGAGCGACAUCCUCAAAACCCUUAUUUCCUUCCGAUCAUAAUUUAUCAUCAACAUCGAGCACCGAUAUUUCCUCAGAGCAAAUGAUUAACACUCAAGCUCCACUUCGAAUCGGCCAAGACAUGCACAUGCUAGCCCUCGAUCUUCUAUCCGUUCACCUUAUCCGUCGUAACGACGGAUUGGGAAGCACUAUAAUCUCCUAUCACGGUCACGACGAAAAUGCUACUUCAGCACCCUACCUUCACGAACGCAUUCGUUUUGCUGGUCAAAGCGUAUAUUGGCAAAGCAUAUUUCAAAAAUCUCCAGACCCUACUUUUGUUCUGCUUACAUUCAUCUGGCAUGCAAUGUACGCUUGGGAUGAAGCUCUGGAGAAACUCUAUGGACAUAUUUGUUGGAUGGAAUCGCAAAUUAUGCGUUCCUCUGACAUGGACCUCACGCGGGACUUGCAUACCAUCCAAGCCCAUCUAUUACAUUAUUCGUCUUUAUUAGAGGAUUUCCGAAAAUCCGUUGUAUUCGUUAACGACACAUUGAACCCUGCGAUGGAUUCGUUACCAAAUGAUGAGCGUCUUUUGAGUCGCAAGCUUCUCGAGAAGGAAUGUAACAACCUCUUGAUCGAAGUUGAGCGGCUGGAGAAGAGUCGUACGAUGCAGGAGCGGAGGCUAAAAAAUGUGAUGAACCUAGUAUUUAGCACAGUCAACAUUCUCGACAGUAAGCGCAUGCAAGAUCUCACAGAGGCGGCGGUCAGAGAUAGUGCAGCAAUGAAACAGAUUGCCUAUCUCUCCAUGAUUUUCCUUCCUGCCUCAUUUGUAGCUGGUGUAUUCGGUAUGAACGUUAAAGAGCUCUCUGCACAAACGCUCGGAACACUUCCCCAUUACUUUGCUGCAGCAUUCCCACUGACUGCAGUCACAGUAUGGAUAGUCAUCGCCUUCCAAAGCAAACACCUUUUCAAGAACAGAGAGACCAGCUCAUUCUGGGCACGAUUAGCGUGGCCGAUACUCAUGUUCCAGUCCUUGUUCUCAAAAUCAAAGAAAACUCGUACCAGUUUGUCAUCUGUCAAUGUUCUUAAUCAGUGGAACACUAAUCAGCAGAGGCGGAGACGGUCAACUGCUGCUGCUGGUGCGAUUUAUGAGUUACCGUAA